GCCGGCGGCUCCGCGCGGCCGGCCCCGAGCGCGUCCCUUAUCGCAGACGGGCACCGGGGAUCGCAUCAUUAUCAUGGGCACUGUUUUCUUAUCGCGGCGCUGCUGUUUGCUUUUCGCUCUCGCCUGGGCCGGCAGGAUGGCGGGAGGCAGCGGGGGCGCAGAUGUUGACGAGUGCGCAGAAGCUACGGAUGACUGUCACAUCGACGCAAUUUGUCAAAACACACCAAAAUCCUUCAAAUGCAUCUGCAAGCCGGGCUACAAAGGGGAAGGGAAGCAAUGCGAAGAUAUCGAUGAAUGUGAAAAUGACUUCUACAAUGGGGGUUGUGUCCACGAAUGUAUCAACAUUCCAGGCAACUACAGGUGUACGUGCUAUGAUGGAUUCAUGUUAGCCCAUGAUGGCCACAACUGUCUUGAUGUUGAUGAGUGUAUGGAUAACAAUGGAGGGUGCCAGCAGAUCUGUGUAAAUACUAUGGGAAGCUACGAAUGUCAGUGCAAAGAGGGCUUUUUCCUGAGUGAUAACCAGCACACCUGCAUUCAUCGCUCCGUUGAGGGUAUGAACUGUAUGAACAAAGAUCAUGGGUGUGCACACAUCUGCCGGGAGACACCCAAAGGUGGGGUUGCCUGUGAAUGUAGACCUGGCUUUGAACUUGCCAAAAACCAGAAGGACUGCAAAUUAACCUGUAACUAUGGGAAUGGAGGCUGCCAACACACCUGUGAUGACACAGAUACUGGUCCUGUGUGUGGUUGUCAUCAGAAGUAUGCCCUGCACUCAGAUGGCCGAACCUGCAUUGAGAAGGAUGAGGCUGCAAUUGAGAGUUCUGAGUACAAUGCCACGUCAGUAGCUGAUGUGGACAAGCGGGUGAAACGGCGGCUACUUAUGGAAACAUGUGCUGUCAAUAACGGAGGCUGUGAUCGGACUUGCAAGGAUACCGCAACAGGAGUACGGUGCAGUUGCCCAGUUGGAUUUACCCUGCAGCCUGAUGGGAAAACGUGCAAAGAUAUUGAUGAGUGUUUGGUAAACAAUGGUGGCUGUGACCAUUUCUGCCGAAACACCGUUGGCAGCUUUGAGUGCAGCUGCCAGAAAGGUUAUAAACUGCUCACAGAUGAAAGGACCUGCCAAGAUAUAGAUGAGUGUUCCUUUGAACGGACCUGUGACCACACCUGUAUUAAUUACCCUGGAAGCUUCGAGUGUCUCUGCCACAAAGGCUACACCUUGUAUGGACUGACGCACUGUGGAGAUAUUGAUGAAUGCAGCAUCAGCAAUGGUAGCUGUGACUUUGGGUGUCUUAAUACCAUGGGGAGCUAUGAGUGUGUCUGCCCACCUGGAAAGAAACUGCACUGGAAUAAAAAGGACUGUGUUGAGAUGGUUAAAUGUCUCCCAAAUACCAAACCAGCUCCCAAGGCUCAGCUAGUAUGCAGUAAGACAGGAGGCAUAGAGAGCUGCUUCCUGUCAUGCCCAUCCAAUACUCUUUUUGUUCCAGACUCGGAGAACAGUUACACGCUGAGCUGCGGCAUCCCCGUGCAACACGGCAAGGCACAGCCCAGGCGCAACUCCACCCAGACCAGCUGCUCAGAUUCCCUAGCCCUGCCAAUCAAGCAGAAAGUUCGUUUUAAAAUCAAAGAUGCAAAAUGUCAUUUACGGCCUCGCAGCAAAGAAAAAACAAAAGAUUCUGGGAAGCAGGCUGUUUCAGGAGGUCAGUUCCCCUGUACAGACAACUGCCAGGUGACCUUUGUGAAUCUCAAGUGUGAUUCCUCCAAGAAAAAACGCCGAGGCCGCAAGUCACCAUCAAAAGAAGUGUCCCAUAUCACUGCAGAGUUUGAAGUGGAGAUGAAGUCUGAAGAAGUCUCAGACACCUGUAACAUUGACUGUGUUCGGAAAAGGAUGGAACAGAAGCUGCAAACUGCAAUCAAAACAUUGAGGAAAUCUAUUAAUAAACAGCAAUUUUACAUUCAGUUUUCUGGGACAGAAUAUGAAGUGGCUCAGAAGCCAGCUAAAGCUACUGAAGGGCAUGAAGCAUGCAGUACAGGGCAAGUACUACAGGAUGGAAAAUGUGUUACCUGCAGCACAGGCACCUUUUAUAGUGGACAACACAAUCAGUGCAUUCCGUGCUCGCCAGGAACAUACCAGGACACCGAAGGCCAGCUCACCUGUGAGCCUUGCCCCAGUAACGAUGGCCAGGGAGUAGCAGGUGCCCGGAACAUGUCAGAAUGUGGAGGGCAGUGUUCUCCUGGGCACUACUCUUCAGAUGGUUUUAAACCUUGUACAGUCUGUCCUCUUGGUACAUAUCAACCUGAACCAGGAAGGACCCUCUGCUUCCCCUGUGGUGGUGGGCUUGUGACCAAAUAUGAAGGUGCUGUUUCCUUUCAAGACUGUGAAACCAAAGUUCACUGUUCUCCUGGACACUACUACAACUCCACAACACACAGAUGUAUCCGGUGCCCUGUGGGAGCAUAUCAGCCUGAAUUUGGUCAGAACUACUGCAUCACCUGCCCUGGGAACACCAGUACAGAUUUUGAUGGCUCCACCAAUGUCACUCAUUGCAAAAACCAGCACUGUGGAGGAGAAUUGGGGGACUACACCGGCUACAUUGAAUCACCCAAUUAUCCAGGAGACUACCCAGCUAAUGUGGAAUGCAUUUGGAAUAUAAAUCCACCCCCAAAGAGAAGAAUACUCAUUGUAGUACCUGAGAUAUUUCUCCCAAUUGAAGAUGAAUGUGGUGAUGUUUUAGUAAUGAGAAAAAGUGCUUCUCCUACUUCAAUUACUACAUAUGAAACAUGUCAGACAUAUGAGAGACCUAUUGCAUUUACCUCAAGAUCGAGAAAACUCUGGAUUCAGUUCAAGUCAAAUGAAGGAAACAGUGGCAAAGGAUUUCAGGUCCCCUAUGUGACUUACGAUGAGGAUUACCAACAACUAAUAGAAGACAUUGUUCGAGAUGGCCGAUUAUAUGCAUCAGAAAACCAUCAAGAAAUUCUAAAGGACAAGAAACUGAUUAAAGCUCUCUUUGAUGUAUUGGCACACCCUCAAAACUAUUUCAAGUACACAGCACAAGAGUCAAAAGAAAUGUUUCCAAGAUCAUUUAUAAAGCUACUGCGAUCGAAAGUUUCCAGGUUUCUACGACCAUACAAGUAGUCCAGUGGUAUUCAAUUUUUGGUUUCUUUGAAUUCCUGUCAAAUAUUGUCUUUCCUCCAUAGCAGAAAUAUUUGUUAAUUUGAAAGCUCUUUUCUGCAGUCUUUGUUCUCAAUAGUUAUUGAAGAACACCUGUAAUGUUUUAUAAUUGUUAAAAGUCAGUGUUCUGAAUGGGAUUCUUGCAAAAAAAAAAAAAUUAUACAUGCCUGAGUACCUCUAGUUGUAGAUCCAAAUUUGUGUCUGCACUAGUGUAUCCUCACUUUCCAUCUGAAAUCUCACUAUGUAAAAAUAUUCUUUCUAGCUUUUUAUUUUUUAUCAACAAUAACUUUUGUCAAAGAAAGGAGAAACCUAUUCAAAUAUGAUUAAACUACCUGCAGAUAAGUUCUCUUAUGGAAAGAAGUAUGUAGUAUAAAUAGUACUUGGAUUUUGAAUUGCACUUGAAGUUUAUAUUUGAAUCUUUAGAAGAAAAAAAAACAAUCAAAAUUUUAUUAUUUCUCAUUUGUGGCUUAAUGGAACCUCUGUCCAAGUAGAAAUAAUAAAAAAAUAUAUAUAUAAUUUUGUUUUAUGAAUUACAUGAGAUUGAGUUCCAUACCCUAAUGUCCUAAUAUUUUUAUCUGUUCUCUUCUAAACUUCUUCAGAGGUUUGCCACUCUCAAUUACUUAAUUGAAACAGAUUUAGCUCUGGAUUUCCCUGCUUCAGUUGGUCCCUUUGAAAACAUUUACAAUAGGAUAUGUGAGAAAUGAACAACACUAGUAGUCUUGGUUUUCUUUCCAUUAAGAGAGCAUCUAAUUAAGUACAAUAUAUAAAUAUAUACUUCUAUUUGUGGGUACAUUAGUAAUGUUAUCUCUAGUUACUGUAAAUAUUCAUGCUUAAAUCUGUACUCCCACGCAUCCUAUUUAGUCAUAUCUAUAUGUAACUUUGUGUAGACAAUUAAAUGACUUCUCCAAGUGCUUGUCACUUCUAUUAACACCCAGCUAAAGCCUUUAGAGGUUUUAUAAUACAGGAUAAUGGUUUACUCUUGGACAAUCUCUUUCAAUAUGUAUUAUUCCAGGAAAAAUAGCAUCAGUGGAGAUGUAACUGCUGCCCAAUAAAGGGUCAGCUGUUGCCUCUUCCUUGGGAACCCCCCACAUGCAGACCAAGAGUCACCCUCAGGACACGUCGGAGGGGCUCAGCAAGGAGGAGCUGUUGCUGGACCUGCUGUCUUUAAUUUUAAAAACACUAGGAAUGCAACUGUGUCCAAGCCCCAGAUUGUCAGGGGCUCAGGGGUGAACAGGACACGGUUUUGCAGAAGAGUUGGAGGGCAGGUUCUAUGUUUGCUGGAACGUGGCUCUCCCCUUUAUCCUAAAUUUGUAGCCACAGUACCCAUCAAGCACAGGGACUGCAGGAGAGCUUUAGCCUUGUGCUCAGGCCCUGCUCACAGAGCAACAGUGGGUUUACCAUGACCAUAAAUCUUGGAUUUCCUGCUGUUUCCUGACACAGAAACUAAAUCAAAUGAGAGAGGAGCUUUUUUUUUUUGUAUUAGUUUUUCAGCCUCUUUCCUUUUCAGUCCUUUCCUCUUGUGUAUCAUUUUUCCUUUUGAUUCUACAAGUUUAUUAAAUGGAGAAAUUAACUCCCCUGGCAGCAUCCUUUCAGAAAAAGAGUAACACCCAGUUUUGCUUUGCUGCUUUUUUUUUUUUUUUUUUUUUUUGCCUGUCUACCUUGUAGUUUAACACAUCUUUCGAUGAUCUCAAAGACAUAUAUUAGGGGUGGUUGUGAUUAUCUUCUGACACUUUUUUUGUCCUUGAGCAAAUACUGCUUAAAGUUACACAAUUGGUUUCCGUUGAAUACAAGUGUCUGAAUAUUCCAUUUCUAAGAGAACACACCUUACGUAUUCUGUUGAGUUCUUCUACUUAACCAUCUUGUAAUUUUGCUUGCCUUUUUUCCUUUUCUGUUGAAGAAUAUCACUUUUUUCUUUCUAUGCCUGAAAAACCUGAUCUUACAGUCUAACAAUUCUUUUUUUUCCACUCAUGGACCUCAAAUCUUUGGUGAACUUUCUUUUUAAUAUAGACAUUAACCCUUGUUAAAAAAUGUCACUUCUCCAUAAAAGUCCUUUGUUAAAGGCUGUUAAACCUAACUUUUUCUUGAGGAUGUUGAAAGUACUUUUAUAGAUUAUUCACCAAGGGUCACUAAAAAGAACAAAUUUUCUUUUUUUUUUUUUUUUAACAGUAGUCAUUUGUACAAAAAAUUUAAAAGCAAAAAUCUUUUCAGGUACUCAAUUAUGCAGAAGUAUAUAACUAAAAAUCUACUUUAGCCAAACAGUAGUUCAAAGUCUGAUGGGUUAUUCAGAAUUUUAUUCAGAUCCAUUAGAAUGAGUCAGGAUUGCAGCCAUUCUACUGAAAGAUAUGAAGGAAAUACAUGAAAAAUAUGGUGAAAAAAAACUUCCUCACUUGGCAAAUUAUUUACAGUGAUCUUUAGUCUUUCAAACUUGAGUAAGCAAACUUCAGAACCUGGUACUGUACACUGAGUAAAAUCCUUGCUAAAGUUUUUGCUUAACAACCAACAUGUUUGGACGUAAUACCAUUGUAUGACACUGAUGCCAGACUCCAGAAGCCGCUGGCAGCACUGUAACAUUUUCCAGGUUCUUAGCUCCAUGGGAAAUCCCAUGCCAGAGAGAACUCAUAAGAGGGACAAGUCCCAAUUCUGCCCAGUGGUAGUGGGACCUCGGUAGAGCUGUGAGAGGUGAAUACAGGUGUGAGAAAUUGCAUUUGGCUCUGGUACCACUUGCCCUGACUUAAAACCACACUACAAAAAAACAGGGUUUUGUCCAGUUCAUCCUGACAGUCAACCUGAGAAUGAGGCUGGUAUUUCCCAGAGCCAAAUCAGGGCAGGGACUCCAUGGUCAGGACAAGGUACUUGUGGACUUCAGUGGCAAACACAGGCUUUGUGCUGCUGAAGGAAGGUGCUGAAAGAAAGAGAAUAAUUUCACCCUCAAAAGCUGACACUUAAAUGCUUGUGGACAUAGAGGGGGCUCAUAUCUGACAUAUUUAAAAAAUGAUUCAGGCUCGAAAGCUUGUCACUCUGCAUAGAAAUGCUCUCAGAUGUGCAAAUUCCUAAUGAAAUAAGUAAUGGCAAGUGGUAUAUAUGGCAGUCUGAACUGGUUUCAGUUGAUUCAGUGAACAGCACAGAAUUUUUUCAUCUGCUCUAGAAGUUAAAAAUGCUUUGACUUUCAUACUAGAUUUACAGUUACAGAAACAGGCAGUCAUCAUAUAGAAGGUGAGUUCAGCUCUUCGUCUGUUAGUGUAGGAUGCCUUCAUUGUCAAAGUCAGAGAACCUGUUGCUGCUACACAGUAACAGCACAACAACAAAGAAUGUUUCCUUCUACACAGAACACCUACACACAUUUGGGAAUCAGAAACCAUACAAGGAGAAAUACAGCUGCCUUUAAGCAAACCAGCUUCGUGAAAGUGGCAGAAUAUCACGUUAGCUUUUACCCUGAAUCUGAAAUACUUCAUUUGAACAUAUCAAUAAAUAAAGCCCUGUAUCUGUUCUUACAAAAUUACGCAUUGUCAACAGGACAGGUGCAACAACACAUUUAUGUGUUAUGGAUGCUGAAUGCAAGAAAGCAGGCAGGGAGCACAGAGCCUGUGUGAAACUAAGUCACACAAGGUUCUCACUCUGGCCUGAGAAAUCAUAAGGAGGAAUGCAAACAGUCCUUGGAGAAGACAACAACUUUUGCAGGUGCUGUUUAGAUCCUUGUUAUUUACUUGCAAGAAACAGUCAAGGGGUGUAGUACCCAAUUGACUAGUGAUGGUGAUGUGUUGGUUUAAUGAUCAAUGAGAGUUUCACCUCUCAAACGUUCUCGGAUCUGUCUAUAAAAGAAGAUCUGAAAUAAUAAAACUUGCUCUCUUGGGCAACCCAGCUAAGAGAGUCUGUGUCGUACUUCACAGUUCCUAAUGUAGUGCGACAAUGUCUUAGUUACAGGUAGACUGAAGAAGUGCCCAUUUAUGAUUGCCCAGUUCUGUGGCACAAACAGAGCUCUUUAUUUUCAAUUUGCAAAUGCCUGUGUGCUUAAAAGCUGCACCUGCAGAACUUACCGUUUUAAGCUUCUCUUUCUGAUUUAAAUACUGUACUUAUUUUUAAUGAGGUGGUGGUGAAUCAUCCCUAAACAUUCCCACCAAACCACUGUCUGCACACCUGCUGCAGUCCAGGACACUGCAGCAAUAACAAGCUGCUCAUCAAGCCCUGAGUUGUGUCUUGAAAGUGCUGAGGAAACAAAAGUGCCUCUGUGUGUCAUUUGAGUACAGGGAGCAGCAGGACUCUGUGUUCAGUGGAUUGCCACCUCUUCUGUAUCUUGCCUUCAAUUACAAGGCUUACACUGCUUGGAGAUUUAGCUCCUGAAACUGGAUUUUAAAGUCUUUCUUUCAGCCCAUUUUCUUGCCCCGUCUUCCUUCUUCCAUCAUACAUUAGAUUUUUACCAAAAGACCAACUGCUCAAAAGAAAUUUAUUUCCUCAUUGUGCCUCCCCCAUAGAAUAAAGUUAUGACUACUUCAGAUUUAGACUAAUCCUUCCUACACAGCAGCUUCAUUCUAGAGUAAGCUUACUUAAAAGUAAGUAAACUUACUUAAAACUAGCUUACCUUAUAAGCCAAAUUUAGUUUAGUUUAAUUUAGUUUAGUUUAAUUUAGUUUUAGACUAGAUUAAAUAAAUACAGGAUUGGUCAGAGAGUUUUCAGAGGGUCCACAUUCUGAGUUGUCAGUGGGUUUUAAAGAGCACAGCUCACCUGAAAUCCUGUCUGUGAGCAGAAUGCAAGGAUGCUGCCAUAUGAGUGAGAUACGUUCUUUACAUGUGUUCAGCAUACCAAAAGGACAGUCAAACCCCCCAACCUGUGCUUUUUUAUAAGCCUGCCCAACACAUUCAAAUUUCUCAGAUCAGUCUUACCUAUGAAAAACCUAGUUUUAAUCUUGUAGACAGCAGGUUAGGAACUUCAGGAGCAAAAGUAGUGCUGUGAUUCUUACACAAGAUCUGCUGACAGGUUUGACAGCAAAACUCAUCUGCUCUGUGACAGCUCCUAUAUCUGGACUAUCUAAAUACCUUUGAAUGCUCUUAAAAACUUAGCUGGAGUAAAAUUUUCAACAACUGAACCCAGUGGCAAAUUUCUCAGCCACCUCAGAAGUCUGGAUGAUUUCUUAAUGAUGGGAAUGAGUGACACACACAGUUCCUUAUAUCUGUAUCAUGACUUCAAGGAGUUGCAUUUUUUCAUAGUUUAAAACCACUGAUUGAAAAGGAAUGGGAAUAACUGGAGGAGUUCUUACAGAAUCUCAGUACUUUGGGACCUUAAUUAAACAGUUUUCUAGAAUGAGAGACUGUUGUAGGCACUUGGGAAAAGGAAUACUCUUGUCUUCCAGAAGAAUUUUUGGAAGAAAGGAAAUUUCUGUAAGGUACUAUUCGGUAGGGAAUUUAUUCCUCAGUGAGAGACUUGGAUUCAGAGACAAGUCUUGUGUUUUAUCUCACAUCUGAAUAGAAGCAGAGUGGGAAUAAACAAUGUCAAAAAACUGUUAUCUAAGGAUCUGAAUAUAUACAAUUCCAGUUUGUUACUUCAUUUAUUUAUUCUUUCAUCAUAAAGCUUUUAAUCUAUAAAAUUAAUAUGUAAUAUACAAGAGUAAAAUGUACAGAAGUACCUUUAGAUCUAAUAAUUUAAACCAUCAUUCAGAGAGUGGAGAUAACAACUUUAAAGAUAUACAAACAAUUGCAGUUCAAUUUUCUCAAUAUCUAGGAAAAAAGUGGCUUUGAUUAAUUAAACUUUAUUUUAAUUAUUGUGGAAAUAACUUUUUUAGAGUUUGUUUUUGUUACUUUUUUAAUUAAAAUUAUUUUGUAAAUAUUGUUUUCUGUGUUUUAUAACUUAGAAAGGCCAUUAAUUUGCAUUGAGAGCAGCAGGGACUCAACAUGUUGAUUAUAAAGAUACUUUAGGAGACUGGGGUGGAUGUGAGGCAGUUGCCAGAUUUAUCCUUCCAGAUUACAGAUCCUGUUAUUUCUCCAGUCUCGCAGGCAUGACAGGAAGAGUUUUCUGGGGCAAUUUAACACCCUAAUUGAAACAGAACUGACUAUCAAGUGUCAUUCUAAAGUGCUUCUCAUUUUCAAAACAUAAGAAGAAGAUGUAUUUUAAAGUUCUUCUUUUUAAAGUUCUUCCACUUUUAGGAUAAGAAACAGCGCAGAGGUCAGAAAUAAAAGGGAAUUUAUUCCCUUGGAUCAGAUCACAGAGCCUUUUUUAGACAAAAUCACUGAGGCCAGUGGUACUUUCAUGUGCAAAGAAGUUCAUUAUGAUCAUGUCCAGCACCAGUUUAAGCAGAAAUUUCUGGCAGGCUGGAUUUCAGGGGGAAGCACACAGGAUACAAUACUGAUUUCUGCAUCAAUUUGCUCCACAUAAACCACUGUAGAGGAGUGAGAUUUUAAACUGAACUGUUGUAGAGGCUGCUGGGACUUCUAAGCUUUAUUACCAAUGUAAAUUGUGUACAAACAGCUAUUUCCAUAAGAAAUGUACAAUAAUAGUUUAGAGCAAGGGUAGUGAAUAACUGUAUAAAAUUUGAUACUUAGAAAAUAAAAUACAGUUCUAAGCUUUACCAGUAUUUUAACAGUUCUAUCAGAUUUAUAGUAGAAAAUAUUAUUGUAAAUGUACCUUAUAAGAAAAUACAUUUCCUUUUGCAUCUGUAUAUUAAUAGCUUUGAUUUCUAUGUCAAAGUUAAAACUUAAGCAUGUAAUAAAACCAUUGUUAAAAUUACUUUAAUAAUAAACAUUAAAAGGAAUGGA